AUGGAUUCCUCGAGGGGAGUUGGAAUUUCUCAUACCAAUAUGAUUAGAAAAAUCAUUGAUAGUAUAUUAGGUUAUGAAACCGUUAAGAUAGCAAAAAUUAAAAGUCGUAAAUUGGGGACGCUUUAUCGAGUUUUUCAACUUGCAAUAUUAGCUUAUAUAGUCUACACACUCAUAUUUAAUGAUGGUUACCUUAAAAAGGAACUUCCUGUACCUGGAGCCGUUCGAAUCACGCUACAAGCUCCGACGACCCUUACUCGACCUACCUACUGCACUAGUGGCUCGCUUCCUUGCGUCUAUUGGGGUGCUAAUGAUAUUCAAUACCCAAGUGAUGGUGCCGGUGUGGCAUUCCUCACUACUAGAGUAUCCGUUACAAAUUAUCAACUGCCUCAAGGGUGUUCAAGCUUCUUAAACAUAUCAGACCCAUCAGAUCGAUGUUUUUUCAAUCCCAAGUCACCUUCUAUUCCUCCUAACGUACUUUUACCUAAAUCCUAUAUUGGUGACAUUGAAGAUUAUACAAUCAUGGUUGAGCAUUCAAUAAGAGGACAAGCCACAUCGAUAGCACAGCGUAAUGGGUUAAUGGAUGGUGCACUCAUGUCAUCUAAUGGAAAAACCAUGAAAAGUAACCCUAAUGCCGAUGGUGACAUUUUCACAGUUCAAGAAAUACUCACUGCUGCGAAUGCAAACCUGGAUGGUCUUUCUACGGCACCCGGAGCAGAUAAAGCUAAUGGAGAAACAUAUAGGUCUUCUGGUAUAGUCAUAGCCAUAGUCAUUGAAUACAUGAACGUCCGUUUUCGGAGAGAUGAAAUUAUUUAUAAAUAUUUGCCUCAAGUGAUUGAUGGAAAUGAGUAUAAAGCUGCGCAAAACGAACUAAAUUCCGAUGGAUCGUAUACCAUAAUAGAUAGGCAUGGGAUUCGAUUGGUAUUCCAACAGCACGGUUCUAUCGGUCAAUUUGAUUUUAUUACGUUUCUUACAAAUAUAGUUGGUGCUUUGUUUCUCCUGAAAUUUGCUGAACGCCAAUCCUAUGCGGAUGCGAAAUACGAAAUAGCACAUCCAGAUGAGAAUAUAAAACCCCCAGUAAAUCAAGGUCACCCCCCUGGCCCUAUUAAUCAUGUUGACAAUUUAGCUCGACCGGAAGUUGGAAACUAUCAAAACCAACCUAUGGCUAAUAAUUAUCAUGCUCCUCCUAAUAAUGUCAAUGGGAAUCAACAAUAUUACUAUUAUCCCUAA